GUGGCGCUGCCCGCUCGGCCCGGCGUUCCGGGAGGCGUGGGCCGCGGCCACUGGGUGCGCUCCUGCCCCGCCUCCGCCAGGCGGGCCACGGGGCAUGCAGCCGGUCGGGGGCGGGGCUCCGAGGCCAGGACGCGGCGUCGGGUUCCCGGGGAGCCGCCGCCAAGUGGACUCUGCCGCGCUCCUCAUGCUGCUCGUGGACGCCGAUCGGCCGGAGCCCGUGCGCAGCGGGGCGCGCGAGCUCGCGCUCUUCCUGACCCCCGAGCCCGGGGCCGAGGCGGCGGAGGUGGGGAAGACCGUCGAGGGCUUGCUCCUCAGGCUGGAAGAGUUUUGCAGCCUGGCUGACAUGAUCAGGAGCGAUACCUCACAGAUCUUGGAGGAAAACAUCCCCCUCCUUAAGGCCAAGGUGAUGGAAAUGCGUGGCAUCUACACCAAAGUGGACCAGCUGGAGGCCUUUGUCAAGAUGGUCGGGCACCACGUCUCCUUCCUGGAAGCCCACGUGCUUCAGGCCGAGCGGGACCACGGGGCCCUCUCACAGGCCCUGCGGAAGUGGCUGGGCUCCUCGGGGCUCCCCACCUUCGGGAACAAGCUGUGGACGCCGGCGGCCCCGACCUUCGAGCUGCCCGCGUUGUACAGAACCGAGGACUAUUUUCCUGUGGACGUCGGGGAGGCAACGCGCCGAGCCCCCAGCUGCCAAAGGCGUCUGUGA